AGCAGACGGUCUUUCUGCGUGGGUCCUCAGCGGGCUCUUGUAACAUCGCUCCGCCUUGCUGAACAAUUUUCCAUCAUCGCGCCCACACCAGGAGCUAACACCUGCUCCUAUUUAAGUUAUUUAUUAAAAGUUAUCGUCCAAUUGAAAGAAAAGGAACAACGACAUGUCUUACAGAAAUCGCAGCAAUCAAGACUCUUCAACCUACUAGAAAUUAUAAGAAAUAUUGCUGCAACAAAAGUAGAAGUCUUCAAGAAAAUUAAAUACGUUCCUGCAAGGGGUGCCUUGUCUGCCAGGUUGUGAUGGUUAUUUGGGCCUCAGGGUCGCGGGCAACAAUAGCCUGGCUGAUCAGGCGGUCACCAGGCAAGCCUGUCAUCAGUCUGGGCUGUGAGAGUAUUAAAAAUCUUACAACUAGUCACAGGUCUCGCUCCCGUUCUCGUUCUCGCUCGCGUGAUCGUCGUCGUGAUAGGGAUGACUGGGGUUCACGUGGAGGGUGGAGUGCUGCUGGUAGUGGACGACCGUCACUGAAAGGGAGGCAGCCAGGCGAGCGUCUUCGGAAGCCGAGGUGGGACCUGUCCAGACUGACUCCCUUCGAGAAGAACUUCUAUCAGCCCACACCAACAGUUCUCAAUCGCCCAGCUUAUGAAGUUGAAAAAUAUAGAAAUGAAAAGGAAAUUACACUAAGAGGAAAAAACAUCCCAAACCCCAUCCAAUACUUCAGUGAUUAUAAUUUCCCAGACUAUGUAAUGGCUGAAAUCAGAAGACAAGGUUAUGAACAACCCACUCCUAUUCAAGGUCAAGGAUGGCCUAUUUCACUACAGGGCAGGGACUUCGUUGGCAUUGCCCAGACUGGUUCUGGUAAAACAUUAGGAUACAUUCUACCAGCAAUUGUUCAUAUAAAUCACCAGCCGUAUUUAGAGAGAGGCGAUGGUCCAAUAGCACUUAUUCUGGCUCCCACCAGAGAACUUGCACAACAGAUCUUAACAGUUGCACAGGACUAUGGGACCUCCUCAAAGAUCCGAUCCACGUGUGUAUUUGGAGGUGCACCUAAGGGACCACAGAUUCGUGAUCUUGAGAGAGGGGUUGAGAUAUGUAUUGCUACACCUGGACGUCUUAUUGACUUCCUUGAAGCUGGAAAGACGAAUCUACGGCGUACAACAUACCUGGUGUUAGAUGAGGCUGACCGCAUGCUGGACAUGGGUUUCGAGCCACAGAUCCGAAAAAUUGUAGAUCAGAUUCGGCCUGAUAGACAAACUCUUAUGUGGUCAGCAACAUGGCCAAAGGAGGUGAGGAAUCUAGCAGAGGACUUCUUAAAGGACUACAUACAGCUCAAUGUUGGUUCACUUUCCCUAGCUGCCAACCAUAAUAUUCUCCAAAUUGUUGAUGUUUGCCAGGAGGUUGAAAAAGAUACCAAGCUGCGCCAGUUGCUCAAUGAGAUGGCGCAGGAGAGGGCAUACAAGACUAUAAUCUUUAUCGAAACCAAGAGGAAGGUGGAGGAUGUUACUCGUGGGUUGAGGAGUACUGGAUGGCCAGCAAUGUGUAUCCAUGGAGAUAAAUCUCAACAAGAAAGAGACUGGGUUUUAAGUGAAUUUCGAUCUGGAAGGGCACCAAUUUUGGUAGCCACAGAUGUUGCUGCGCGAGGACUAGAUGUGGAUGACGUAAAGUUUGUGAUCAACUACGACUACCCUUCGUGCUCUGAAGAUUACGUACAUCGUAUUGGCCGAACUGGCCGAUCAGACAAAACUGGUACAGCAUACACAUUCUUCACAGCAGACAACUGCAAGCAAGCUAAGGAUUUAAUAGAUGUGCUGAAAGAAGCAAACCAAGUAGUUAACCCACGUCUUUACGAGAUAAUGGAUAUGUCUCGAGGUGGUGGUGGCAAAGGACGUAAUCGUUGGAGGGGACGUGAUGAUGACAGGAGAGGUUUUGGGCGCGAUCGUGAUCGUGGACGUGUGGGUGGUGGUGGUGGUGGUGGAGGAAGGAACGGCUACAGCAAUGGAAACGGAUAUGGUACGUCUGAAGGGCUUGGAAGAUUUAACCAGUUUAGAGGCGGAGGCAAUAGCAAUUCUGUGCCCAAUGGGGUGGGUGCAGGCCAGGCCCGGCUGAAUGGGCCGCCUCCACUCAUGGGUUCUGGUUCUGUGAAGGCUUCAAUGAGCCAAUCAGCUACCCAGAACCAGUUUAAUGGCCCCCAACGUCCACCCGUCCAGAAUGUGGGAGCCAGCAUGGCUGCGGGCAUGUUCAACCAAGCUUCCUCCGUAGCUGGUACUGUUGGUGGUGGCCUAGGCAUAAUGGGGGCCAUGCCUAGUGCACUGAACUGGCCACGGCAGUGACCCCGCAGCUGCCCUAGUCAAGCUCCUGCCUCCUGCUCUCCAACUGGGGCCUUGCCAAGUGGCCGCCUCAACUCUUGCCUCGGCGACUCAUCAUCACCGAAACAAGUGUCAACCGAUCCUCUGAGUCUUCUUGUAACUGAACUGAUGAUGGGGCCUCACUUGGCAAGGUUUCUCAUCUUACGUGUAUCAUAAAAUAUUUCUUCUUGACCUUAGUAUAUUGUAUGCACAGAAUUGGAAUUUUCCCCAUUCCAACAUGCUGAUGUAGUCUUUGAAAAGUGAAUUUUUAAGAUGGCAUGGCAUGUUUGGCAAGUGAGGUGUUCUAUUCAGUAGUUAUCAGUAGUUAGUUUUUGAGUUUACCAUUGACGCUGUUGGUAUCUAUUACAGCUUACUGAAGUCCGGGCCGGAGGUGACCGCUUACCGCUGCACCAUCCCCUUUCUAGGAGAUUAGAGGUUGCGCACGUUACCACUAAGUACUUGACAGGCUCGGUUGUCAAGGGUAGGGAAAGUUCGGAUCACCCCAUCAUUACAGUGUGCGGACACCUGCGCCAUUCCUCCUUGUCUACGGGACUGCUGUCUGCUUAAGCCAACGUCGUCAUUGUUAGUAAACCUCACUGUCCAAAAGCCGGUUAAGUUAGUCAUGUCAGCAUGUCGUUGAUUAUAAAAUAUUUUGUUUCCUUUUUUAACCAAAUAUUCCAUUGUAAUUUUAGGAACUUUUUUCCUAUUUUUCUUUAUAUUUGUAUAGAGGAUAUUAUUUUUCAUUGUAUCAUUAAAGAGAAUUAUUUGUGUAUGGACCAAGAAACUUUGUAACCCUCAAAUUAAUUAAAUAAAACUACAAAAAAAAUUGUGAAA